GUCUGUCUGGUAACCCCGUGGAUUUAGAGAAACGUCACACGGCGUUCGGAAAGAACUUCAUCCCUCCAAAGAAGGCCAAGACGUUCCUGCAGCUGGUGUGGGAGGCCCUGCAGGACGUCACACUAAUCAUCCUCGAAAUCGCUGCUAUCAUCUCACUGGGCCUGUCCUUCUACCACCCACCAGGGGGCGACAGUGAAGCAUGCGGCCAGGUUGCCGGUGGCGUGGAGGACGAGGGCGAGGCCCAGGCUGGCUGGAUCGAGGGCGCCGCCAUCCUGUUCUCCGUCAUCAUCGUGGUCCUGGUGACAGCCUUCAAUGACUGGUCCAAGGAGAAGCAGUUCCGCGGGCUGCAGAGUCGCAUCGAGCAGGAACAAAAAUUCACAGUCAUCCGCAAAGGUCAGGUCAUCCAGAUCCCUGUGGCCGAGAUCGUGGUGGGAGACAUCGCUCAGAUCAAGUACGGAGACCUGCUGCCUGCUGAUGGGAUCCUGAUCCAAGGCAACGACCUCAAGAUCGAUGAGAGCUCUCUGACUGGAGAAUCCGACCAGGUUCGGAAGUCAGCAGAGAAGGAUCCAAUGCUGUUGUCUGGGACCCACGUGAUGGAGGGAUCCGGCAAGAUGGUGGUGUCAGCUGUUGGCCUCAACUCUCAGACCGGCAUCAUCUUUACUCUGCUGGGCGCCGGCGAGAACGAUGAAGAGAAGAAGGUCAAGAAAAGUAAAAAACAAGGACCCCCUGAAAAUCGCAACAAAGCCAAGACCCAGGACGGCAUCGCUCUGGAGAUCCAGCCGCUGAAGAGUGAGGAGGCCGCCGAGUCGGAGGAGAAGGAGGAGGCCAAACCUAAGGCGAAGGUCAACCAGGCCCUCGUGACCAAGAAGGAGAAGUCUGUGCUGCAGGGCAAACUGACCAGACUGGCUGUACAGAUCGGCAAGGCUGGUCUGAUCAUGUCGGCUCUGACCGUCAUCAUCCUCAUCCUCUACUUUGUGAUUGACACCUUCGGGAUCCAGGGUCGGACCUGGCUGGCCGAGUGCACCCCCAUAUACAUCCAGUAUUUUGUCAAGUUCCUCAUCAUCGGCGUGACGGUGCUGGUGGUGGCUGUUCCUGAGGGGCUGCCGCUCGCCGUCACCAUCUCUCUGGCCUACUCUGUCAAGAAAAUGAUGAAAGACAACAACCUGGUGCGUCACCUGGACGCCUGUGAGACCAUGGGCAACGCCACGGCUAUCUGCUCCGACAAGACGGGUACUCUGACCAUGAACCGCAUGACGGUGGUGCAGGCCUACAUCGGCGAUACACACUACAAGACCGUGCCUGAACCUGACGCCAUCAAAGCCGAGACUCUGGAAACGAUGGUCAACAGCAUCUCCAUCAACUCUGCAUACACCACCAAGAUCCUGCCUCCGGAGAAAGAAGGCGGCCUGCCUCGCCACGUGGGCAACAAGACGGAGUGCGCUCUGCUGGGCCUGGUGCUCGAGCUGAAGAGGGACUACCAGCCAAUCAGAGACGAGGUGCCCGAAGAGAAGUUCUACAAGGUUUACACAUUCAACUCCUCCCGCAAAUCCAUGAGCACGGUGCUGAAGAACGCUGACGGCGGCUACCGCAUGUACAGCAAAGGAGCGUCAGAGAUCGUCCUGAGGAAAUGCUCUCGUAUCCUGGACGCCCAGGGUCAGCCUCGCAUCUUCAAGCCCAAGGACCGCGACGAGAUGGUGCGUAAGGUGAUCGAGCCGAUGGCCUGCGACGGGCUGAGGACCAUCUGCGUUGCCUACAGGGACUUUCCUGCCGAAGCCGGAGAGCCGGGGUGGGACAGCGAGAACGACAUCCUCAACGAACUGACCUGCAUCGCCGUGGUGGGAAUCGAGGACCCCGUCAGACCAGAGGUGCCUGAAGCCAUCUCCAAGUGUCAGCGUGCAGGCAUCACUGUUCGCAUGGUGACCGGAGACAACAUCAACACUGCCCGCGCCAUCGCUACCAAGUGUGGCAUCCUGCUACCCGGCGAGGACUUCCUCUGUCUGGAGGGCAAAGAGUUCAACCGGCAGAUCAGAAACGACAGAGGAGAGGUGGAACAGGAGCGUCUGGAUAAAGUUUGGCCCAAACUGCGCGUUCUGGCUCGUUCAUCACCAACAGACAAGCACACUCUGGUCAAAGGCAUCAUUGACAGCACAGUGGGUGAAACCCGACAGGUGGUGGCAGUGACAGGAGACGGCACCAACGACGGUCCUGCCCUCAAGAAAGCUGAUGUUGGCUUUGCCAUGGGAAUCGCCGGCACAGAUGUGGCCAAAGAAGCGUCUGACAUCAUCCUGACUGACGACAACUUCACCAGUAUUGUCAAGGCCGUCAUGUGGGGCAGAAACGUCUACGACAGCAUCUCCAAGUUCCUGCAGUUCCAGCUCACCGUCAACGUGGUGGCCGUGAUCGUGGCGUUCACCGGCGCCUGCAUCACUCAGGACUCUCCCCUGAAGGCCGUGCAGAUGCUCUGGGUCAACCUCAUCAUGGACACUCUGGCUUCUCUCGCUCUGGCCACCGAACCGCCCACCGAGUCUCUGCUGCUACGUAAACCAUACGGCCGCGACAAGCCUCUCAUCUCCAGGACCAUGAUGAAGAACAUCCUGGGCCACGCUGUGUUCCAGCUCGUCAUCAUCUUUACCCUGCUCUUUGCUGGUGAGAAGUUUUUCGACAUCGACAGCGGCCGCAACGCCCCCCUGCACUCCCCGCCGUCAGAGCACUAUACCAUUGUUUUCAACGUGUUCGUCAUGAUGCAGCUUUUCAACGAAAUCAACGCCAGGAAGAUCCACGGAGAGAGAAACGUGUUCGAGGGCAUCUACAAGAACCCCAUCUUCUGCAGCGUCGUACUGGGAACCUUCAUCCUGCAGAUCAUCAUCGUUCAGUUCGGAGGGAAGCCGUUCUCCUGCACAGCUCUGUCCAUCGAGCAGUGGCUGUGGUGUGUGUUCAUCGGUGUGGGGGAGCUGCUGUGGGGACAGCUGAUCUCAGCCAUCCCGACACACCACCUGAAGUUCCUGAAGGAGGCAGGCCACGGUUCCAGAAAGGAAGAGAUCCACGAGGAGGAGCUGACGGAGGGCGCCGAUGAGAUCGACCACGCCGAGAUGGAGCUGAGGAGAGGCCAGAUCCUCUGGUUCAGAGGCCUGAACCGCAUCCAGACUCAGAUUAAGGUGGUGAAUGCGUUCCGUAGCUCCCUGUAUGAGGGGCUGGAGAGCCCAGAGUCCCGUUGCUCCAUCCACAGCUUUAUGGCCCAUCCUGAGUUUGUGCCCCUGUCCGAGGAGGAGGCCCGCAUCCCCCCCAUCGAGGAGACCGGAGACGAGAUCGACCCCCUCCCCAGCUCCUCGUCUGGGGCCCAAGGAGGACCAGAGUCGCCCGGCGUCCCGACCAUCAGCUCCGAGUCAUUCCUCUGAGCUCCUUCUCCGCCCUCCUCCUCCUCCUCCUCCUCCUCCUCCUGCUCCCUCCUCUUCAUCAGCAUCAUCUGUCACCCACCAACCGAACUGUCACCCUGAGGAGGGAAGUCAUGACUCUGCUCAUCCCCUCAUUCUGCUUCACCUCGUCUCCACCCCCUCGGUCAUUCCUGCCACGUUGUGUUUCGUUCAUACUGACUGUGGCGUCGCUCUGCCUGUAAGUUUGUCUCUCCGCCACCAGGACACAGUCAGUCAGUAGAAGGUGGAGUCCAGCAUCUCCACAGCCGAAGGCCUGUCCUCGCUCCUCUGUUGGUUUUUUUUGUUUUGUUUUGUUUUUGUUUUUUUAACUGGACGAUCCUUUUUGAAAAGCUUUUAAACUUCGUUGGGUUCGAUCUUCGCUGGACUCACGGCAGCAUGUUGUGUUCUGUAUUCGCUUCAUUCCUGCGUUCUGAAAAACGGCACCGAAUUUUUUAAAGAGUGCAGUGAUUCUGAUGUACAUAAGUUCCUCCGUUCUUCUACACAGCUCUGAGCUGGGUUUGGUGUUCAGAAGACUUCUAGGCAAAUGCAAAAAUGUAACCUUUUUUUUUUUUUCUUUUCUUUUUUUUAGAUGUUCACCAUUUGUUUGUUUUAAAAAUGUUCAAUGAAUGUUAAUUGAAGGUUGAUUCUAACUCCUGAGAAUUUUUGUGAGUGUCGACACUACAGUCUUCAAGGUUAAACCGAUGUUCUUCCCUUUAUCGUGUCUGUACGUGUUGGUUUUUCUUUAGCUGCUGUGUUGCAUGUGGAAGGACGGGGUGUUUACGACCAAAAACCACAAACACGACGGCGUCCGGAGAUCUCGCUUUCUGCUCAUUGGCGGUCUGACCUCAUCUCAUCCAGUCAGGGUUCUCUGCCCCUCCCCGCCAUGGAUAGUAGGAAACAGGAGUGUGGUUCACGUUCCCCCUCUAGUAGGAUGCAUGUUUUGUUUCAUUCGUGUUGCGUCGCAUGAAAACUUAGGAAUGAAUAUUUGGGAUUCUCUUUCGACUGCCGUGUGUGUUCGUCUGCAGCAGCGUCUGCUCAGAGCUCCGUGAACUUCUUGUCUGUAGCACAACAGGACAGAAACGAGCUCGUCGAUACUCAGCGUUUCACUGUCGGCGAGUACAAUCAUUCCUCCUUUGUGGGCCUCCGUGUGGCGCUUCCUCACUCUCCUGUGUGGGGUCGCGUCCUCGCUCAGAUUGGACAAAAGGCAGCCAAUGGUGUCACAGCACAGGUAGCUCUGGUGAAAUGAGGCCACAACAAGAAAGGGCGCCGCCUGUUUUCCCACUGCCCCCCCACAGCGCAGCUCACUGCCUGCCGAAUAUCACAAUGAGACACAGACACAGUGAGACUGAACCACAACAGUUCAGGGACAAAGCUUAAGGUUCAAGAUUCUUUCAUCGCCUUCAUGUGUCGCCUCUGAAACUUUCUUGUAGUUUAAACACACUGAACGCUUGAGUGUCGAUGAGUGUGUUUCGGGUCUCAGUCGGGACGUAAUCGGAGCUCUGAGCGGCGUCGGACCGUCUGCCUGUGUUUCACACAAAUCUUAGUACCGCUUCUGAUGUUCCCUCGUUUGUCAGAUUUCAUGAACAGAAACUGAAUCAGCUGUCAGUGACAUCACACGGCCAGCGUUCUUCGCUCUGCCGUGUCCGAUUGACAGGCGUCGGCAUGGCGACUGCGCUGAGGUUUAUGGGAGACUGACGAUGUCACCAGUCAGCCUGUAGAGUUAAAUCCACUGUGUCUGCAGAUUACUGUCUUAAAAGAAGAAGGAAUCAUCCUCCAAUCAGAAGCGGCGAUGCGUCUAAUCCCCUCUUAGUCCGACUAGCAGCCAUCAACCUCUCUAUGAACUAGGACGCGGUAUCGAAGUAAUGUGCUACUACUGCCAUAUUUCCAACUUUUUGUCACGACUUGGUUCUUCCUCUCCCCUCUGAUGAGCUUUUUCUAUGUAACUCAGAGCCAUAUUUUAUAGGUUGUCUGUAUUGUUUUUUAUCUCAUUGUUAUCGAGGUUUCCUUUGGACUUUCUCACUCCCGCCCUCCCCCUCCUCCCCCGGCCCUUUACUCCAAACACGACCAAAAAACAAGGAGAAAAUCUUCAGUCGUCACUGCCGAACCAAGUUUAAAGGACCUCUACAAUGUUUACAUGAAAAGCGAGUCGGUGGCAGUUCGCCUGCGCUUCUCUCAUCCGACCACUUCCCUGUCAUUCCCUUGCUUUCCUGAAUCUUAGAGUUACUAUUUAACUAAAUGGGGAAUCUUUCUUGCAUGGUUUUCAUAUAAAAUUCAAUGUUUUGCUCAUUUUUUACAAUUCUUCUGUAUUUUUAUAUUAAGUACUUUUUAAUAUUUUGGAGAUAUAUGAAUAUAUAUGUAUAGGCUGAAGAGUUUGGUGACAGUACAGUACAUGAAUGAGAUGAAUCUACCGUGGACUCUGUCUUUUUACAGCUCUCUGAAUAUUUAUGCCACGUGUGUCGUCUUGGUCACCUGAUGUUAGGGCUCAGAAACCUGCAGUGACUUGUUUACUUCUUGUUGGCCGUUCAAUUGGAAUCGCAACAAUCUGGUCCCAUCAGCCCCCUUUUACAUGAGUAUAACACUUUAUCUACGAUGUUGUGGCACACUACAGGCUAUGUGAUUUCACAGUUAUCCAGUUCCAUUAGAGCUCAGCAACAUGAAUACAGCUAACUGUAUCAAACAUUAAAUGGGAGUGUUUAAUUAUUUAUCCAACCUCUGGGUUUGUUUGUUUCUGUACUUUGAAGCUACGACGACGAUUUCUUUGAAUGAGUGGACUGAUGCUGUUUUCAGCCGCCAGGUGUCGGAGCUGACGACUUAAAAGAGGAUCAAAGCUGCAUCCUGCUCCAGGCUCCGCCUUCUCUUGAGGGGCGUGGCCUAUGACGGCCUCUCCACAACAGCCUCCCAGUGUCUCAAACCAAACCUGAGAAGUUAAUCUGAACACAACCGUGAAACAAACAAGGUUACAAAACAGGCCCAAAGCAACCUUUGUUUCCCAAAAGUGUUUGGAGGCCGAGACGAUCUUGGUCCGGUGGUAUGUCUCAUCUGAGAACAGUUUAUCCUGAAAGAAUCCAGAACCUGAGACCCAGAGCAGAACCAGGGUUGAUUGAAAACUUACGAGCUUAUAAAAACCACAAGCUUGAUAUAAACUCAGCUCCAUCCCUGUCGAAGUGAUCUCCUCGUGCAGUGAGCUCUGCUCCCAGCGCUCCUGCAGCUUUGUGAUGUUCUCCAGAGAACCUUUAGAAUCUUCUAAACUGAGUCAAACAGCAACACUUCAACUUGAAUCUCAGUUUAGGGAACAGAAAGAAGUCACCGGGAGACAAAUCUGGUGAUGCAACAUGAGCAGUCUCAGAACAUUUUGAUUAACUCUCGAACACUGAACAUCACUUGAAUCCACCUGGACUCUGGUCUCAGGUCAAAUCUAUGUUAGAAACAGAUUGGACGUCCCCCAACCAAUGACCUGAGUCUGUUUGGGUUCCCCUGUUUAUUAUUUGUCAUAAUUCUGGUGUUUAAAGACAAUAUUUGACGACACAGUCCAGGUAUUGGCAUUUUAAAUGUAUAAGUUGCAGCGAGCUGUUAAGUGACAUGUUUACACACCCGGUCCGUCUGCUCGGCCUCCAACCACCGAUGGAUCGUCUAAAUCCCAAACCUCUGAUUUGUACAUUUAGAACUGAGGCUGAAGGAGGCGGAGCCUGUAACAGGACGCAGCUGUCGGAGUCAUCACCGAUUUAAACACGAUUGACAGUUUUAGAAAUUGUUCCCGGGAAGAGAGAUUAUAGCGUCCACACGAUGCUCCCAGAGUCAGAACAGUGUAAAUAUUGUCCAAUAAGUGACUGAGUGAAGCUGCCGGCGCUGACCCGGGAGAGCGGGGGCAAUCAGCCAAUCAGCACCCAGCUCAUCUCUUUUCUUUCUCUGCACAAGUUUUUCUUAUGACACCUGCCUCCCCCCCGGAUCAGAACGUCCCCUGCUCUCGCCUCGGCCGCCGUCUGUUGGAUGGUUGGACUGAUUGGAUGGUUGGACUGGUUGGACUGGUUGGACUGGUUGCCCUCCCGUCUCCCGGCCGGCGCUCAGCGCAGCCAUCAGAGACUCUGCGACCUGUUUGUGCUUCUAGUUUCAGCCACGUCACCAAUUAAAACGGUCUCAGCAGCGGACUGAAAAUCUGCACAUGGAUUUAGUUUUCCGGUUUGUGGACUGUGUAAGAUCUCAGUUUGCCAUCAGGACUUCUGAACGGAGAAGGAACUCGCUUCUUGUCCGGCCACCGUUGCAUUUUGACUGCGUUGCUUCUUCUUCAGAGCACUGCCUUUCUCAGAAGAACCUUCACAUCCACUUCAAAAUCCACCAAUAAAAAAGGUUCAAACGAACUGGAAUAUCACAGUUGGAAAAGUCAUAACCACUUAACAUAUAUAUCUAUAUAUUUAUAUAUUAUAUCUAUAUAUUUAUGUCUGGUAUAUAUAUAUAUAUAUGAUGUGUAUAUAUAUAUAUAUUAGAUAUAAAAAUAUAGAUAUAUUUGGUUUCUCAGUUGAACUUCAUUGCAAAAAAGACUGAAAAAGAUUUUUUUCUGUAAUUACUAUGAUACACAGUAAUAGGCGUUGGUGUUAUUUUUGUAUAAACAUAAUAUCAUCUAUGUGGCAUGCAUGACAUAUAUACAAAAUUUGGUGGUUUAAAGCAAUAUGUCCAACCUGGUGCGAUUGGUUCCGUCGUGUUCUGUGUAGCCUAAAGCCACUCUGUACGAAAAGAGAUAUAAAAGAAAAAAAAAAAAAAGGAAAAAAAUGCAUUUGGAUAAAACUAACUGUUCAGUAUAUGUGUUCAAUGUUCUGUGUUCUGCAUGUUUUAGUACGGAAUGAAACAUCCCAAAUGUUGACUUGUUUUCAAAUGAAUCUCAAACACACGGCAUCACACAUGUAUUUGCACUGUGAGGUGAAACACGCUGAGGAAAUUAAAACUGUGUGACUUCUGGUGGAUGGAUUGAUGAAAGAUGAA